AUGGUGCAGAAAUCCCGCAACGGAGGCGUCUACCCGGGGCCCGCCGCCGAGAAGAAGCUCAAGGUGGGCUUCGUGGGGCUGGACCCGGGCGCUCCGGACUCCAGCCGGGACGGAGCGCUCCUCAUCGCCGGUUCCGAGAGCUCCAAGCGGGGCAGCAUCCUCAGCAAGCCCCGUUCCGGGGUCUCGGGCAGCGGGAAGCCCCCCAAAAGGAAUGCUUUUUACCGCAAGCUGCAGAAUUUCCUCUACAAUGUGCUGGAGAGACCGCGGGGAUGGGCUUUCAUUUACCACGCAUACGUUUUUCUACUAGUGUUCUCCUGCCUGGUGCUGUCUGUCUUUUCCACCAUUGAUGAGUACCAGAACAGCUCAGAAGGGGCCCUUUACAUCCUGGAAAUUGUCACCAUCGUGGUGUUUGGGGUGGAGUACUUUGUGCGGAUCUGGGCCGCCGGCUGCUGCUGCCGCUACCGGGGCUGGAGGGGACGCUUGAAAUUUGCCCGCAAGCCUUUCUGUGUCAUUGACAUCAUGGUGCUGAUUGCAUCCAUCGCCGUGCUGGCAGCGGGCUCCCAGGGGAAUGUCUUUGCCACCUCGGCCCUCAGGAGUCUGAGGUUCCUGCAGAUCCUGCGCAUGAUCCGCAUGGACCGGCGCGGCGGCACCUGGAAGCUCCUGGGCUCCGUGGUCUACGCACACAGCAAGGAGCUGAUUACUGCCUGGUAUAUUGGCUUCCUGUGCCUCAUCCUGGCCUCUUUCCUGGUGUACUUGGCCGAGAAGGGAGAAAAUGAGCACUUUGAUACAUACGCAGAUGCACUCUGGUGGGGUCUGAUCACUCUCACCACCAUUGGCUACGGGGACAAAUAUCCACAGACCUGGAACGGGCGGCUGCUGGCGGCGACCUUCACACUCAUCGGUGUCUCCUUCUUCGCCCUUCCUGCUGGCAUCUUGGGUUCGGGAUUUGCUCUGAAGGUUCAAGAGCAGCAUCGACAAAAACACUUUGAGAAGAGGCGAAACCCAGCAGCGGGCCUGAUCCAGGCGGCUUGGAGAUUUUAUGCCACCAACCUAUCCCGGACAGACCUGCACUCCACCUGGCAGUACUACGAACGCACCGUCACCGUCCCCAUGUACAGCACGCAAACGCAAACGUAUGGUGCCUCCAGACUCAUCCCUCCUCUGAACCAGCUGGAGCUCCUGAGGAACCUGAAGAGCAAGUCGGGACUGACAUUCAGGAAAGAGCAGCAGCCUGAACCAUCGCCAAGUAAAAGCAAACCGUGCAGAGAGUCACUAUGCGGAUGCUGCUCAGGAAACUCUAGUCAGAAGGUCAGUUUGAAAGAUCGUGUCUUCUCCAGUCCCCGCGGUGCUGGCACCAAAGGGAAAGGCUCUCCACAGGCUCAGGGCAUCAGGAGGUCCCCCAGUGCUGACCAGAGCAUCGAGGACAGCCCGAGCAAAGUGCCCAAGAGCUGGAGCUUCGGAGACCGCAGCCGAGCCCGGCAAGCGUUCCGCAUCAAGGGAGCGGCGUCGCGGCAGAACUCGGAAGAAGCAAGCCUCCCUGGAGAAGACAUUCCUGAUGAGAACAAAAGCUGCAACUGCGAGUUUGUGACAGAAGAUUUGACACCGGGGCUGAAAGUCAGCAUCAGGGCCGUGUGCAUUAUGAGGUUCCUGGUCUCCAAGCGCAAGUUUAAGGAGAGCCUGCGGCCCUACGACGUGAUGGACGUCAUCGAGCAGUACUCAGCUGGGCACCUGGACAUGCUCUCCCGGAUUAAAAACCUUCAGGCCAGGAUAGAUAUGAUUGUGGGUCCCCCACCCCCUUCAACUCCCCGGCAUAAGAAGUAUCCAACCAAAGGACCCAUGUAUUCUUCCAAAGAGUCUCCCCAGUACUCGCCUAGAGUUGACCAGAUUGUUGGGAGAGGAUCCUCCAUGACCGACAAGGAUCGCACCAAAGGGCCAGCAGAAGGGGAGCUGCCUGAAGACCCCAGCAUGAUGGGCAGGCUUGGAAAAGUUGAAAAACAGGUUCAGUCCAUGGAGAAGAAGCUGGACUUCCUGGUGAACAUCUACAUGCAGCGGAUGGGCAUCCCACCAACGGAGACAGAGGCUUACUUUGGGUCCAAAGAACCAGACCCGGCCCCUCCCUACCACAGCCCCGAAGACAGCAGGGAGCACAUCGACAAGAACGGCUGCAUCAUCAAGAUCAUCAGGUCCACCAGCUCCAUGGGUCAGAAGAACUUCUCCGCCCCACCAGCCCCGAGCAACGCCUGCCCGCCCUCCACGUCGUGCCAGCGGCAGAGCCACGGCUCCUCUCCCAUCGGAGAGCCCGGCUCGCUGGUCCGGAUCCCGCCUCCGCCCUCCCACGAGCGCUCCCUGUCCGCCUACAGCGGCGGGCACCGGGCGAGCGCGGAGUACCUGAGGAACGAAGACAUUACAACCAAACACCACGAGAGUGCCAUGAGAGACAGCGACACGUCCAUCUCCAUCCCCUCGGUGGACCACGAGGAACUGGAGCGCUCUUUCAGCGGCUUUAGCAUCUCCCAGUCCAAAGAGAAUUUGGACAUCCUUAACAACGGUUGCUAUGCAGCCGUGGCCAAAAUCAGACCCUACAUUGCAGAAGGGGAGUCAGACACCGACUCUGACCUCUGCACGCCCUGCGGUCCCCCGCCGAGGUCGGCCACGGGCGAGGGACCCUUCAGUGACAUGGGCUGGUCAACCCCCCGGCAGUGAAGCCUCCCUGCAGCUGCCGAGCCGCGUCCGAGCGCUGGCAGCUGCCCGCUCCAGCUGCCCACAUGUGGAACUUCUCAAGGAGAUUGACAGCUAAGGUUUUCCUCUUUCUAGGACACCCUUAGCUGGCAGAUACUUUCUUGCAGCUUACUCUGGGGGGAACAAGCAGGUCCGAGCCUGCACUCGUGGAAGAGGUCACGGUGAUGAGCGAACUGGAGCUGUG